GUGAUUCAAAUCGCUUUCCAACACUGGGUUCUGUUUGCGAGAGAAAAACAUAAUUCCAGAAAAUAAAAGUGGAAUGGAUCGCGGUAAAGGCGGCGGAUCCAAUAGAUCCCAGAAAAAAGUGCCUCUGGGCGGCGAACUCUUUGCCCUCGGCACCAAAAGCGUCCGCGAUGACUCCAAGUCCAAGAUACUGCCCAUAAAGUCCAUAUCAUCGUCGUCCACCUCAGACCGAAAGAGAGAGGCUUCAUCGUCGCUAGCCAGCUCCAGCAAGCGAUUCCGGCCUAGCCUCAAGGAUGCUGGAUCGACGGACAUCGCCUCGGGCAGCAGCCAGUGCGAGACCUGGGAGCAGUUCGCCAUCGACUGCGAUCUGGAGAACAUUGUGGAGACAAUAUACGCCGCCAUGGAGGCGAACGACAGCGAUUCAGUGGGCCGGCUGAUCUGCGGUGUGAUUAAGCAGACGACCAGCCCUUCCUCCCGCUCCAAGGUGGACAACAUAGCCAUGCUAGUCCUAAUCUACGUGGCCAAGCUACAGCCGAAUAUUUUCUCCACGGACAUCGUGGCCUGCGCCCUGAUGUCGUUUUUGCGGCGAGAGGCGAACGUUAAGAUGCGAUACAACACCAAUCUGCACAUUCUGUUCAGCAACCUCCUGACCAGAGGAUUCAUGGAGUCCUCCCAGUGGUCGGAGAUUCUGCUGCGGACAUACAUAGACGAUGCUGUCAACGAGCGCUAUUGGGCGGACAACGAUCUGUGCGCUCCAUUUGUGAAAAACGUGUGCGCCGCGUUCAAGACCAGAACUCCACACAUCAGCCUACUGCGAUGGGAUGUUAGUUCUGCGCUACCCGCGGGCCAGGCACACAGGGACAGCGUAACGGUCGAUGAUGACUCUGGGGACAAUUCCACCCAGAGUCUGGACGCCAGUCCCCUAAACUCCGAAAUAGAGCCCGUAUCGGACGCCAUGUGCACCAUCAAGCCGCGAUAUAGCGAUGCCAUUGUACAGAAGCACGUCAGUGAAGCCAUUCGGGAUCAGCUAAACAAGCGCCAGCAGCAGGAUAACUACACCCGCAACUUUCUGAAGUUUCUCUGCACCACCUCCGGUAUUGCGGAGGUGCGAUGUCUCAGUAUUUCCCGCCUGGAGCUGUGGAUACACAACGGCAAGCUCGUCAAGUUUGCCCAGCAACUACUCUCCUAUAUAUGCUUCAAUAUCAAGGGCAGAAACACUCAGGACAACGAGGUUCUCCUGGUUCUGGUGAAGAUGCGUCUCAAGACCAAGCCCCUGAUAAACCACUACAUGUCGUGCCUCAAGGAGAUGAUCUAUUUGCAGCCAGAUAUCCUGAGUACUGUGAUGAAGCUCGUCGUCCAAAACGAACUCUCCAAUACAAGAAAUCCAAACAAUAUGGGAAUGCUGGCCACCAUGUUCCAGACUGCCUCUGACCAAUCAGCGGCGACUCUAGCUGAAAUAUAUCAGGAAUUCCUGCUGCAGCGGGAUGACUGCCUUCGGACGUUGCGCGUUUUUCUGAGGGAACUGGUGCGGAUGCUGCGCUUCGACGUCAACCUGGUCAAGUUCUGCAAAACAUUUCUCAGCGAACGGGAGGAUCUCAUCCCGCAAAUCGAGCAGUUCGAGUUCAAGGAACGUAUCUUUCAGUCGAUGGUGGAUAUUGUGUGUCUCUGCAUGUUUUUGUCGGCAACGCCGCAGGCGCGUGAAGCAAGUCUCUCGCUGAAAACCAAUCGGGAUACGAAGAACAACCAGGCCCUGCUGAAACUCUACAACCAAAUGUCGCAAAUCCAGCUGGACACCGUUUCCUGGAUGUACGAGACUGUGCCGACGGUCUUCAAGAUACCAGCUGGCGAAUACCACCAGGCGCUGCAUAAGCUUCUCCUGCUGGACAGUCCCGAGCAGUAUUCACGUUGUGAUCAGUGGCCAUCGGAGCCAGAGCGAGGAGCCAUCCUGCGGAUUAUCUCGGAGACACCGAUCCACGAGGAGACGCUGCUGCGAAUCAUUCUGAUAGGCAUCACCAAGGACAUCCCGUUCUCGAUUGCCAAUACAUUCGAUGUCCUGCUGUUGGUCAUCAAACGAGUCUCUGGGAUGAAGGCCACCAACAUUCCAGCGGUCCAAGCCAACAAAUUCGACAUAAUAGACUUCCUCUUCAGCAUGUCGGAGUACCACCACCCGGAGAACAUCAGACUGCCCUCAGACUACGAGCCGCCAAAGCUGGCCAUCAUCGCUUUUUAUUGGAAGGCUUGGCUGAUUCUGGUCAUGAUAUCCGCUCAUAAUCCGUCAUCUUUCGGAGCCUUCUGCUGGGAUCACUAUCCCACAAUGAGGAUGCUGAUUGAAAUAUGUAUCACCAAUCAGUUCAACAAUUCGUCCACCAACAAAGAUGAAUUACAGAUUAUGACAGUGGAGAGAGAUCACAUCCUGCAGUUCGAAACCUACUUGGCUGCCCAGACUACGCCCCAUGCGGUGAUCACGGAGGAGACAGCUAUUCUGAUCACCCAGCUGAUGCUAAUGGAUCCCAUGGGAACGCCUCGCAAAAUUCCCACAAUGGUUCUGGACCAGUUGAAGUUCCUCAACCAGACCUACAAGCUGGGCCAUUUGUUUUGUCGGUGCCGGAAGCCAGAUCUCCUGCUCGACAUUAUCCAACGGCAGGGCACCACCCAGUCCAUGCCGUGGCUCUCGGACCUGGUGCAGAACAGCGAGGGCGACUUCGGCCACUUGCCGGUCCAAUGCCUCUGCGAGUUUCUGCUCUUUAACGCCCACAAUAUAAACGAGGAGAACAGUCGGGAUGCGGAGCUGGUGAACUUCUUGCGAAACCUCAUUUUCGAUGUGAGCCUCAGCCAUGGAAUCGUGACCGAGCUGCUGGACUACAUAUUUCGACGCCUUUCGUCCACAGUGAAGCAGUCACGAGUGGCUGCCCUGGCCGGGCUGAAAAUAAUCUUCAAGAACUCUGGGGAAUGUGAACACGAUUGGCUUUCAAAGUCUAUUCCGCAAAUUCCGCACUUCUUUGAGACAAAAACAUAUGUAAUUACACAGCUGCGGUCGGCGUGCCAGGUUGAAAACUGCCCGGAACUGAUCAUGGCGUACAUCCAGUUCAUCACGGCCCAUACACUAAACGAUCCUGUGACCGAGAUGCUCGACCACGUAAUGGAUAUGGCGCAGUUGAUUGUGGAGCGCAGCACCAUGUUCCAGCACAUAAUUAUCUCCCAGGAGGACUACGACAUUGCGCCGGACGAGAAUCGCAUUCAGACACUCAAAUGCCUGUUCGUCAUGUUCAAUAAUUACAUAAUAAAGUUGAGGGAGUACCGGGAGCCGUACGAGUGGACGGAGUACCCGGACUUGUUGAUGGUUCAGUUUGAUGACGGAGUGCAGCUGCCGCUCCACAUCAUCAUCAUUCACGCCUUUAUCAUACUGCUCACGUACUCCAACAUCAAUAUGCCGGAGUCUAUACCGAUAUUAGACUACUGGUUUCCGCCAGGACGACCGGCGCCUCUGGCCUUCCUGCCCACAACGCACGAGCAGGUGCAGCUGCUGCCCGACUGGCUGAAGCUCAAAAUGAUCCGCUCCUCGGUGGACAGGCUCAUUGAGGCCGCCCUGAAUGACCUGACGCCCGACCAGAUAGUGCUCUUCGUGCAGAAUUUCGGCACGCCGGUGAACUCGAUGUCCAAGCUGCUGGCCAUGCUGGACACGGCGGUGCUGGAACAGUUCGACCUUGUGAAGGACGCCAUUCUCAACAAGGCGUAUCUGGCGCAGCUGAUUGAGAUCCAGCAGGCGCGAGGUGCCAAGAACGGGCACUACACGGUCCAGGCCCUCGACCUACACUCGCACUCGCAAACUGUGCCCGAUCUGCCCAAGAUCAACGUUGUGAUCCAGGAAACCGUCGAGAUUGGGGAAUACGAUUACCCGGAGCCUGCCACCGAUCGCCCAACCAACACCAAGGAGGUUGUCCAAACCAUCUUGACCCAACCAGACCAGUACACCGCGGCGCGAAGCGACUGUCGCAACUUGAUUCAGAAGCUUUUGGAUGUGCUGGUGAAUCCGCCGCACGCCAACCGCACCGACCUACUGGCUGCCAUAACAGAAGUCAUGGCCCGAGGCUGCGAUCGGCCCAUCAUCAUGAGUCGCCACGCCUGCACAAUGCUGCGGACUUUCUUCAGCUGCAUGCUCCACAGCGACAACUAUCACAUCCUGGAGAACUCGCUGCAGAAGAACUUCAGCAUUUUCAAGCACAACUUCACCGACUCCUGUCUGCUGCGAAAGACGGAGUUGUAUCACGAGAGCUUGGUGUUCAUGCUGCGGAAUUCCCGCGAGAUCUAUGUCCAGCAGUUCAAGGAAACGAAUGCAUUGCUGGCCCGGAAGCAAAUCGUAAGGGGAAUCAUCGAGAGCUUCGAUCAGAAGAAAGACAGCCAGCUGACCGCCAUGAGCAAGAGCGACCAGCUCUUCCACAAUGGCCUCUUCAUCGACUGGCUGUCGGAAGUGGAUCCGGAAAUCGUGUCCACGCAGCUGAUGAAGGAACGCUUCCUCUUCUCGAAGUCCUGCAGCGAGUUCCGGUUCUAUCUGCUCUCGCUGAUAAAUCACCAGACCAACUGGGACACCAUCGAGCGGAUAGCCGAGUACUUGUUCCAGAACACCCAUGAAGACUACGACUAUGUCACUGUCCUCAACUACUUUGAAGCCCUCACCACGAAUCCCAAGCUGUGGAAGGGUCGGGAGAAGUACAUGUCCAAGAACGUGCGACCGGAUGCCUUCUUCUUGUUGAAGACCGCGGAGCUGGAACCCUUCACCCACUUCAUCCUGCACGAGGGAGUGGCGGAAAUCAAGUCGGACAGCAGGAACUACGACUUUAAACUCUGCUCCCGCAUGAAUCUUCUGUUCAAGCUGACUGAGAAGCGUCGCGACCUAAUGGUGAAGGUGAUGGAGCACGUGGAGCGUAGCCCCAUGUCGGACUACCUCAAGCUGCAGGUCCUGCAGCAGAUGUACAUCAUGUAUCCGCGCGUCAAGUUCCUGAAGCCGAGCAAAACCGGCGAGCAGGCCUACAAGCUGCAGAGCCUGAAGGGCUGCCAUGCCGACAAGGUGUCCAACAACCUCAUCACCUGUCUGGGCAGUUUGGUGGGCAAGAAGGACUUCGAGACCCUGUCCACGGACACUGAGCUACUCCUCCGCAAGCUGGCCGCCUCUCACCCGCUGCUCUUCCUGCGCCAGUUGAGCGUUCUGUCGUCGGUGAUGCAGGGUCGUGCCCAAAACAGCAUGAAGGCACUGAGGGAGGAGCAUCACUUCCAUCGCUUCGUCCAAAUCCUGAGGACGCUGGAGCUCCUGCAACCGACCAUAUUCGAGGAUGCCUACAAGAACGAGAUCCAGAACACCCUGUCGUGCUAUUUCAACUUCUUCAAGCACCACAGCUCGGUGAAGGAGGCCUCCCAGAUGCUCAACAAGUUUGUCCAGAUGCUGCAGGCCUACAUCAACUACAAUCCCAGCAGUGCUCUGCUCUUCAUCGAGCAGUAUGUGGGCAUCCUCAUGGAACUGGCCGACAAGUACGCGACGAUGGGUAAACUCCAGAUUCUGGUGCAGGCUGUGGCACUUCUGCAGCACAAAUCUUCGUCUGCCUCGGAACUGGACGACGAGGAAGUGAAAUACGAGUAUGAGCUGGACGAGCAGCCGUCGGUCAGCAAGCCGGUGGUGUUCGAAGAGCCCAUGGAGAGUAUUCCUCCUGCCGGACUGGACGCAACCGGCAGUCGCAGUUCGUCCUCCGUUCUAACCCUCAGCUCCUACAGCCGAUCCAACUACACCGACAUAUCGCCACACUUUCUGGAGCUGAUCAAGACCAUAAAGCAGGCAAACACCGAGGAUGUGGUUCUGGGGCCCAUGCAGGAGCUGGAGUGCCUCACGUCGAAGCGGUUUGUGUUCAUCAAUGAGCUGUUCGAGCGACUGCUCACCCUGAUCUUCUCGCCGAGCGCCCAGAUUCGGUCCAUCGCAUUCAUCAUCCUGAUCCGGCAUCUGAAGCACAAUCCCGGUAACUCGGACAUCAAUCUGUGCACCCUGAAUGCCUACAUUCAGUGCCUGAGGGACGAGAACUCGUCGGUUGCGGCGACGGCCAUUGACAAUCUGCCGGAGAUGUCGGUGUUGCUGCAGGAGCACGCAAUAGACAUCCUGUCGGUGGCCUUCUCGCUGGGCCUGAAGUCGUGCCUAAAUACUGGCCACCAAAUCCGAAAGGUCCUCCAGACACUAGUGAUCCAGCAUGGCUACUAAAUGUUCAGUAUAAUAAUUAGGUUCUCCCAAUGUAGUGUGUAAUUAUUAAAAUAUAAACUCGUAUCUGAGGAUACCAAAAUUUUUACUACAUGAAAA